AUAUCAUGAGCGAACGUUUGAUGUGAUCAGUUGAUAGUUGAAGAAUUGUCUCAGUUCAAAACAGUCGCUUCUAGUUUUCUCAAAUUACACAUAGUUUUCAGACUGCCUCAAUGCCUAUACUGCCUGCUAACGAAUUGUUAGCACAUGCACGAUCGGUGUUGAAACCUACCACAAUUCAAUGCACGAAUAAUUUAGGCCAGAGGCAUUAUGAGUCUAUCGGGCCUGAUGGCGUGGUAGCAACAGACAACCGACCUAUAACCGGGGCAGAUGAUUUCUAUGUUGUGAAUGACAAAUAUGACGGAAGCUAUGCUAAGCUGAAGCCCUACUUGUUUGUCGGAUCAGAGGAUUUAUCGAGAAAUCUGGAGAAACUAAAAGAAAUAGGAAUCACACAUGUUUUGAAUCUUGCCACUUACUGCCCGAACUCAUUUCCCGACGACUUCACCUAUUUGCAGAUUAAAAUAUUCGACAUGCCGGAAAAAGACAUUCAGCAGCAUUUUCAGAACAUUAUCGAUUUCAUCGAGGAAGCAAGGACAUCUGAAGGAGCUGCGUAUGUGCACUGCAACGCAGGAAUAUCACGUGCUCCAACAUCUUGUAUUGCUUACCUCAUGUGGAAAGACAAGGUGACGAAAGCAACUGCCUAUGAAUACAUACGGAGUAAACGAUUCGUGCUUCCAAAUGACGGCUUUAUGGCGCAGCUCAACAGAUUCGAAAUAGAUCUGGAGCUAAAAGGCAGUAAAAACACGGUCAACCCUGAAGCCUGAAUUACUCCAUCUUUUGUGUCUUGAAAUAUUUAAUUUCGAAUGCUAUUAAAUUUAUAAUUUCUUAUUUGCAGGUAAUGUUCUUGUCUCAUUUUAUGUAAAAAUUUCCAAGCGCUCAGCGUUUCUUGAAAUAUAGUCAAGAAUGUGUUGUUGCUGUAUACUUUCAAAAGGUAGAUUAGUUAUUUUUACCUCUGGGGUAAUUGAUACCUUUACAACUAAAGGUUUUUUCUAGAUAAUUGUGUCUUGUUUUCUAUAGAUAUUUUCUAAUUAUAGAGCGAUAUUUUGAUGCGUUUGAAAUAUAUCUGAUAUCUAUUGUAGAAUUCAGAUUUUUAUUAA